GCCACCUGCUGAGCCUCGGGGACAUUUGGGGACACACCGAGCUCGGGAACGUUCCUUUGGGAGGGAGGACGCCGGGACCGCACGGAUUUGGGCAGAAUUUCACCAAAUUCGGGCAGGGAGCUGCGGGGAUUUGCGUGGGGAUUUGAAUCCAGAGGUGUUCUCCCGUGGGAAAUGCCUCUCCCUGAGUUCCUCGGGCUGCAAGACCUGAAAAAUGAGCUGGAGAAGAGGCAGGCGAAAAACAACCCGGAGAUUUCCCACCCGGACACCCCGGCACAGGGGCAGGAAGAGAAGGAUCAGCAGCUGGACGUGAAAAGCUCCUUCAGCAGAUGUGGAAAAGUGACUUUCCAGCUGCCCCUGGAUGCGGCUCCGGAGCCAGAGGAGCGAGUUUGUCAUUUCUCAUGGAGGAGCAGCGCCCUGAAGGAAACCCUGAGGAAGCUCCAAGCCAGCGUGACCCUGGACCCCAACACGGCUCAUCCCGACCUCGUCCUGUCCGAGGAUGGGAAGCGCGUCUGGCUCGGAGCCGGACACCGCGAGCUCCCGGACAGCCCGGAGCGCUUUGACUACUGGCCCUUCGUGCUGGGCCACCAGGGCUUCGUGGCCGGGCGGCACUGCUGGGACGUGGAUGUGGGGGACGGCGGCGACUGGGCCGUGGGGGUGGCCCGGGAAUCCGUGCGGAGGAAGGGGCGGCUCAGCCUGGGCCCCCAGGGCGGCAUCUGGGGCCUGGAGAAGUGGGGGGGACAGCUCCGGGCGCUGACCGGCCGCAAGGUGACCCUGGUGGCCCUGCGGUGGCUGCCCCGCAGGGUCAGCGUCCACCUGGACUGCGGCGCGGGCACCGUGGCGUUUUUCGAUGCCGAGGACGGGGGGCUCCUCUUUGUCUUUUCCCGGGCGUCCUUCGCCGGGGAGAGGGUCCGGCCCUGGCUCUGGGUGGUGGGGGCCAGGUCCCAGCUCCGGCUCUGUCCCUGAGGGAAAAACGUCCCCCG